UGGCCACUCAACCAUGAGGGUCCAUUCCUGCCUGCCUGUCCUCUUCCUCUUUGUGAUGAUAAUGCCGGAAGGAAAGGCUGGUCUUCUCCCAGGGGAAAAGCAAUGCAUUUUGUUGAAAGGAAUCUGCAAAGACAUAGCAUGCACGUCCACAGACGAUACCAUUGGCGAAUGUAACGAUGAUAAAAAGUGUUGUAGGAAAUGGUGGGUGUUUGAUCCCUACCCAACGCCCAUUCCCAAAGGAAAGUCUCCUUAGAGGGGAGGAAACUGUAAGCACUUCAGACUCCGGAAAGCAUGGAUAAGCUUUGCAGACUUCUGCUUUACUAUACUCACCUUCUCCAGUGUCUGGAAAUAAAUGUCCUCAGUCCAUACUCACUGGUCUCUGUAAGCCUCUAAAAAAUCUUUUAGAAGUUAGUAACAGGAACUAAGAGGGGAAAUCCCCUUACUGCUUCAGAAUGUACUGGAACACCUCUGUUCAAUGUCCAACUUCAUUAUUUUUAAAACAGGGUUGACAAAUUAUUUAGGAUUUACCAUAGCAAUACUCUCCUCUCUAGACAACACUAAUCACAAUAAUAAUAAUAACAAUAACUAGAAAAAAUGUAUGAGAGCACCAUACCUUGAA